AUGUCAAAAAGGCUUCUCAGCAAAGGAACGCGACAAAUUCAUCCUUCUAAAAUAGGCAGGUCCACACAUAUUAUUGGUUCUAACGAUAUAAGCAAGCCCACCCAACCUGAAUUGGACAUCAUUGAUGGUUUGACUCUUGUCAAAGACCAAAAUUUUGAAUCACCCUCUCAAUACACUUCAAAAGCUCGGCAGAAAUAUCUGUUAAAAAAACUGCCGAUUGUGAAAGAGAUUUUUAAGUGUGAGGAACAUCCAGGUUUUUUGUCAUAUAGGAAACCUUCACAUCUUCCUAACCCUUACUACGAUGCCUACGCAAGGAGAAUAAUCAACGUUGAGUCAGGCGUUGCUGAGUAUAAAGGAACUGCAAGACUCUCGGUGACUAAAAUGCUCACAAAACGAUGGUGUGAAUUAAGAGAAGCAUUUGACAUUUAUUCGAAUGUUCCAAUAUAUGAGCAUAAUCAAGUGAAAGUUGGUAAGAGGGAGCACCAAAAGUUGGAAGAUGCAGCACAUGCACCACCUUUAAAUGUGCAAGAUUUUCAAGAGGACUUUGAACUUGACAUACCAGAUGAUCCAUUUCAUUCUCUCGUGGAAGAAUGGCUUCUUGCCAUAACGAAAAUGACUACACUUUUUCAUAAAGGCUAUGCAAGAGAGUUGUUAUGUCACGGUUACAUAGACUCCAGAACAGGAGAAUUGACAACUGGGAAAGUUGAAGAUGAGGAAGAAGUUCUGGUCAGUGGUGUGGUUGAUCACUUAUUUAUUAGAAACAAAAGCUUUUCCAAUAAACACUCGGUGCCCUUAGACGAGCAUCUUCUGGAAAACGGAAAUAAUGAUUUGAGGCUCGUAUUGGAAUUGAUUUUAGACUCCCUCAAAAAUGCUGGAGAUCUCGAAGUAAUUGUAAGCGAUGUCAAGACCAGACCUACCUUAAGUGUCCCUAGUCAAAGUAGCGUGAUCAAAGCUUCGAAGUUACAAGUGAUGUACUACAGAUACUUUUUGGAGUUACUUGGAAACGACCCACAAAUUGCAUAUCAAAAGCUCCUGACAAAUGCGGUUAGGAGAGGUUUUGACGUCGAACGGCAUGUUGAUCCAGCUAAAAUCAUUCAUUGUCUAGAGAUCGAUAAUACCUUUAUGGAAGAUAUGAAACGCCUUAAAUCUGGAAUACCUAUUGGUUUCGCGCCAUUCGAUGACGCUGAUAAACGCUCAACAUCACCUGAAACCUAUAGUAUGCUAAGUUUGAAUGAUAAGAUCACAGAUCUUCGAAUUCAACAGAAGUAUAGUGAGUUGUUUGAUGAUUGGAGUACACCUGUGACACUAAAAUAUUUUGCGGCCAGAAUGGCCCAGUUGUAUGCAUGCAUUGCUCCCCUUUUAUCACAAAAUUUGAUGGUAGAAUACUACCGGGGAGAUUAUAACUUUCAUAACAUGGCAUUCGCUUAUGACCUACAAGAGUUGAAAAAACAAAGUUUUGAUAGCGCUCUGUUUUGGUUUGGGAAAAGGGAAAUCUUACCUAUAAAACAGAACCUCAAAAAUUUUGAAACCUAUUGCAAGUUUUGUGACUAUCAAUCUGUUUGCCUCUGGAAGAAGGAAGGCCAAGAUUUGUGCCAAACACUUGGUAAAAACCUAGCCCAAAUUCAUGAUCAAGGAUCUCUCGAGAGCGGAAAUGAUUUGCAUAUACAUCACGAAACAAAUUCAUAA